AAUUCUUGUUGUUACUACUAGGAGAUGUAUCUCAAAGCCUCUGAGCCAUUAAAUGUGAAUUUUUCAGUCUCUUGUAUUCUUCGUAGGCUACCAAAUUAAUGGAUGAAUUUGAGGCGAUAUCUAAUUCUCAGUGUGGAGUUUAAUGGUGCCAUGUGGAGUUCGAAGUUUCAUUCCAUUUUACCAUUCCUAUGCUUCAGUAUUCUCCUGCUGUCUCCUGCGACAGCACUUCCAUUGAUGACUCAGAAGGCCCUAGAAGAGUUAUUAAAAAUGGGUAUCGUCGGUGUCCUAAUCGGAGGAGCUCAUCAUCAUUUAUCCAAACAAAAAGAACAAGAGAGCACUAAGCAACCUGCCGUCAGCGCGCAGCAUCAUCGCCCUAUGCUACUACCAAUGCCCUGGCAUCAUCCGAGUGUGCCUCAGCAUCCCUUCAUGCGCGCUCCACCAUUGUUGCCUCCGUAUCUCUCUCAUCAUCAUCCUCCCGGACACAUACUUCCACAAGUAGCACCGAUCCAUCCUCAAAUGAUGUCCAUGUACCAACAGCCAUCCCCGUGGAUUUCACAUUGGCCUAAAGAACAGGCAUAUGCAGGUUUGAUGCAUCAGUAUCCUCCUCACAUGGGAAUUUCAAGUUAUUCGAGUUUAUCAAACCAUCCAGGGCAGGAUCUACCUGGUUUCUCCGACUUAGAAAAUAUUCCUCCAUUACGGCCUUGGCACCCUCCACCACCACCAUCAUCAAUAAUCCAAAGAAUACUAGAAUUAGAUAAAUAAAGGGAAUCCAAUAGCUACUGUGGUCUGAAGAAAUGACUGGGACUCGGAAAUAGAAUGUAUAUAAUGUUAUUUAUGAGUACAAAAUAAAUUUAUGUUUUGUUUAGAUAGCUAA